CAUUUAAAGAUGGCGGACUGCUUGGCCACACGCCUGGCAGCUCAGGAGGAGCAAAUUAGGCUCCUUGCCGGCGAAAUUGCCACCCUUCGGGAUGGGAUCAACCGGGACUUAGGCCCAGCCGGCGAUGCGGGGGUUUCCUUGCAGCUGGAGGAGCUGAAGUCGGAGAAUGAGAAGCUCAAGUACCGGCUAUUGCACCUCCGUCGGGGUUUGCGGGAGGAGUUGGAACUGGAGUCGGGCAAGAAGUGUUCACAGCCAAGGGGCGAGUGUGGCAAAGCUGCCGGAGCGAACGUCGUCGUCAAAGGAGGGCAGACGAAUAACAAAGCUGCGGCUAAAAAGGUGAGCAGCACUGAUACUAAACCAGGUGACAAAAACAAGGAGAAGAAACAACAUAAAGACCAAUCAGAUGGAACCGUCAAAGGGCUGAAGACCUGGCCUGUGUUUGUGGAUGAGCGCCUCCGCCUCUACGAGGAGUUGAAGAAGGAAAGCGAUGCCCUCCAGGCCAAGAGAGCUUCAACCGGUAAGCCCAUCACAGUGGAGCUGCCUGAUGGGCGGAAAGUGGCGGGCACGUCCUGGAUCACCACUCCGUACCAACUGGCUUGUGACAUCAGUCAGGGUCUUGCUGACAACGCGGUGAUCUCUCGAGUGAAUGGAGAGCUUUGGGAUUUGGAUAGACCACUGGAGCGCGACUGCUCGCUGGCGAUUUUGCGUUUUGACGAUGACGACGCGCAAGCAGUGUACUGGCACUCCAGCGCUCACAUCCUCGGCGAGGCGAUGGAACGCUUCUACGGCGGUUGUCUAUGUUACGGACCCCCCAUCGAAAACGGCUUCUACUACGACAUGUUCCUCGACGACCAAAAGAGCGUGUCCAGCACUGAGUUUAGCAACCUGGAGUCCUUGUGCAAGACAUUUGUGAAGGAGAAACAAGCCUUUGAGAGGCUUGAGGUUACCAAGGAAACGCUACUGAAGAUGUUCAAGUACAACAAAUUCAAGUGUCGUAUUCUAAACGAGAAGGUCACUACACCCACCACUACAGUUUACAGAUGUGGACCGCUCAUUGACCUCUGUAGAGGACCUCAUGUGAGGCACACAGGGAAGAUCAAAGCCAUGAAGAUCUACAAGAACUCUGCCACCUACUGGGAGGGCCGCUCGGACAUGGAGACGCUGCAGAGGAUAUACGGGAUCUCCUUCCCCGACUCCAAGAUGCUGAAAGAGUGGGAACGCUUCCAGGAGGAGGCUAGGAAUAGAGACCAUCGCAAGAUCGGCAAAGAGCAAGAGCUGUUCUUCUUCCAUGAUCUCAGUCCCGGGAGUUGCUUCUUCCUGCCGCGUGGAGCUUACAUCUACAACACGCUCAUCGAGUUCAUCAGGGAUGAGUACUGGAGAAGAGGCUUCCAGGAAGUGGCCUCUCCCAACAUCUACAACAGCAAGUUGUGGGAGACGUCGGGCCACUGGCAGCACUACAGCGAAAACAUGUUCUCCUUCCCAGUGGAGAACGAAACCUUUGCGCUUAAACCCAUGAACUGCCCAGGUCACUGUUUGAUGUUCAGCCACAGGCCUCGCUCGUGGAGGGAGCUCCCACUCAGGCUGGCUGACUUCGGGGUCCUCCACCGCAAUGAACUCUCCGGAACGCUCACUGGGUUGACCAGAGUGCGACGUUUUCAACAGGAUGAUGCUCACAUUUUUUGCACCAUGGAUCAGAUCGAGUCCGAGAUGAAAGGCUGCCUGGAUUUCCUGCGCAGUGUCUACCACGUGUUUGGCUUCUCCUUCCAACUUCACCUCUCCACCCGCCCGGAGAAGUACCUGGGCGAUAUCGCCGUGUGGAAUCAAGCCGAGAAGCAAUUGGAGAACAGCCUCAAUGAGUUUGGGGAGCCUUGGAAACUCAACCCAGGAGAUGGCGCUUUCUACGGGCCCAAGAUUGACAUUAAGAUCAAAGAUGCCAUUGGUCGUUACCACCAGUGUGCCACUAUUCAACUGGACUUCCAGCUUCCCAUCCGCUUCGACCUGACCUUUGUGGGAAAGGAUGGCGAUGACAACGCUCGGCCAGUUAUCAUCCAUCGUGCUAUUUUGGGCUCUGUGGAGAGAAUGAUUGCAAUACUGACAGAAAACUAUGCUGGGAAAUGGCCUCUUUGGAUCUCUCCAAGGCAGGUGAUGGUAGUGCCUGUCAACCCGUCCUGCGACGACUAUGCCAAGAAGGUCUGUAAGCAAUUCACAGACGCAGGCAUGAUGGCCGACGUCGACCUCGAUUCUGGGUGCCUUUUAAAUAAAAAAAUACGCAACGCUCAACUGGCCCAAUAUAACUUCAUUCUGGUGGUCGGCGAGAAGGAGAAGGCGACCAGCAGCGUCAACGUGCGCACCAGGGAUAAUAAAGUCCACGGCGAAGUAUCGUUGGAGGAGACCAUGGCCCGCCUGAGCCUCCUCAAGCAAGCCCGCUGUCGAAAUGCAGAAGAGGAGUUCUGAUGGAAUGGUUGAUCAGCCAAUUGGGAAGAGGUACAAUUGCAGAAAAAUGUCUCAGUGGUGGUGGUGCCGGGAAUGUGUCGCUGAAGGUACAAAAUGAUUGGAUCAGAGGGAAUUUGGUUUGAGAAAAGUGUCGUUUGUCAUUGUGAAGACUGAUGAUGUAACUGGCUUGCCUCUUCUUGGAAGGGAAAUAAAUCUACUGUUCAUGUGCAA